AUGAAAGGUCGUCCUUUCUCGGCUUCAAAUAAUUUGGUACAGAGCCUAUCUCAACUCGGGAGGCCGUAUGCCGCUAAAAACGAUAGAGAUGUAACAAAUGGGAUGUCUCCCGGUGUUAUGGCUGCCAACUACCACAUAUCUCGUCAGCAGCUCAAUCCGGAAACAACGAGGAAGCACAUCACUUUAAUUGCCACAUCUGCUUCUUCCAUGUCUUUGAACAUGGUACACAAUUCUCAUGCUUCGACUAACUUUGAAGGUAGUAAGGGAAAUGGAUUGUUGGGAUUGAUGCAAGAGAUGGAUCAAGCUCCGGCCAGUUUAAAUUUUGAUAGCAUCUCUCAAAACAGAGGCUUUGUUGGGUCUGAAACUGAGGGGAAAUUGGGAAAGAAAAAGGGAGAAAAGAAGAUAAGAAAACCUAAGUACGCUUUUCAAACGAGGAGCCAAGUUGAUAUACUCGAUGAUGGAUAUAGAUGGAGAAAGUAUGGUCAAAAGGCAGUGAAGAACAACAAAUUUCCCAGAAGCUACUAUCGGUGUACACAUCAAGGAUGCAAUGUGAAAAAGCAAGUUCAAAGAUUAACUAAAGAUGAAGGAAUCGUGGUGACAACCUAUGAAGGGAUGCAUUCACAUCAGAUUGAAAAGUCUACAGAUAACUUUGAGCAUAUAUUGAGCCAGAUGCAAAUCUACUCCUCAUAUCCUUCUAAUUAA